AUGACAUUGCGCGAUGGACGAACAUUUGGACAUGUCAGUGGUGUUGCGGUUGGCGCCACAUUCCCAACCAGAGACGAGUUAUUUAAAGCAGGCGUACAUGUCGUAAUCCGACGUGGCAUACACGGAGAUCAAGAGCUCGGUGCUUUCUCCAUAUGCUUGUCCGCAGGGUAUGAGGAUAAUGUCGACAAUGGAAAUACCAUGCACGUAUCAAGGCUCGAUUUUCUAGCUCAGCGCACAUAUAUUGAUGUGACCCCUGUUUCGUUCAGUAUAUAUGUUGGCUCGGGUGAGCAAGAGGAUGGAAAUCAAAUACGCGACCAGUCCUUCGAUCAUGCACCUAACAAAGCUUUGCUCACCUCAUUUGAAACCAAGCGUCCUGUGCGAGUUGUACGCGGACCAAAUGAGGGUAGCUUCUAUUCUCCGAGCACGGGUUUUCGUUACGAUGGACUGUAUGUCGUUGAUGAGGCCAAAGAAAAGGACGGAAAGAAAGGCUUUAAGAUGUGCACCUUCAAGCUGAGUCGAAUUGAGGAGGAAGGCCAGAAGGAAAUUCCAACAAGACGCAAACUCACCCCCAACAAAUUGGCAAAGAUGGCAAAGAAAGCUCGUCUCGGAUAA